ACCGGUCAACGUCAACGAGGAAAUAGCAAAAUUGGACUUCGCAACUUGUCAUCUCCUCCUCUAUUAGUAAGAAGAUGAGAAUGAGAAAGAAGAAGCAAAUAAAAAAUGUCAGGAGUUUACGAUAGUCAAGCUGAUAUUUACUUAGACGCACGCCCAACUUAUCCCACCGAUUGGUACUCCAAGCUCGCCGCACUCUCUCACCGUCACAAUCUCGCCUGGGACGCCGGAACCGGAAACGGUCAAGCUGCCAUCGGCAUCGCGGAGCACUACGAAAGAGUCGUCGCGACUGAUGUGAGCGAGACGAUGCUGAAUCUCGGGAAACCGCAUCCGAAAGUAACGUACCACCAUACGCCGUCGUCGAUGACGGAGGACGAGAUGGUGGAUCUUAUCGGAGGUGAGAACUCUGUUGAUCUGAUAACUGUAGCUACCGCCGUACACUGGUUUGAUCUCCCCAGAUUCUACGCGAUCGCGAAUCGUCUCCUUCGUAAACCAGGGGGAAUCAUCGCCGUGUGGAGCUACAACACUGACAUGGUGGUGAGUCCCGAGUUCGACUCUGUCAUAGCUCGGUUCAACGCUGAAACGCUGCCGUAUUGUAAAUUUCCGGAGAGUGAUUAUUUUUUGGGAGGAUACAAAACGCUACCGUUUCCGUUUGAGAGCGUGGGCCUGGGCUCAGAGGGAAAGCCCAUUGAGCUGGAGAUGAAGAAAACGGUGUCGUUUGAAGGAUUCUUGCGGAUGCUGAAGUCGUGGUCUGCCGUUGGUGCUGCCAAGGAAAAAGGAGUAGACUUGUUAUCGGAUAAUGUCGUGAAAGAGCUCGAGACGGCUUGGGGUGGACCUGAGCUGGUUCGAACCAUUAUUUACAAGACGUUUAUGCUCGCAGGAACCGUUCGUUAGAAUCUUCUUUUCUAAAUUGGGAUGGCUAAAACCUUAUGAAAUUACCAAAAGAAGAAAGAAUAAACAUAGAAAGAUAAAGUUUAUUUUA